UAAGUUGCACCAUCUUGCCGAAAAAAUAAGAAGUAUGCACUUUCUUUACCUUCCGCCUCUACCGUCUUUAUACCUCUCACAUAUAUAUAUCUAUCUGAAUCUCUUCCUCGCUUUCUCCUCAGAACUCUCUCUCUACUAAGUGAGCAUUUGAGCGUAUACAAAUAUCCACAGAGAGAGAUGGCAUUUGAGAAGAUCAAGGUUGCUAACCCCAUCGUUGAGAUGGAUGGAGAUGAAAUGACUCGAGUUUUCUGGAAAUGGAUAAAGGAUAAGCUCAUUUUUCCCUUUCUGGAGCUGGAUAUAAAGUACUUUGACCUUGGCCUUCCUCGUCGUGAUGCUACUGAUGAUAAAGUUACGAUUGAAAGUGCAGAAGCUACUCUGAAGUAUAAUGUUGCAAUCAAGUGCGCAACCAUUACUCCAGAUGAAGAUCGUGUGAGGGAGUUUAACUUGAAGCACAUGUGGAGGAGUCCAAAUGGGACAAUUAGAAACAUUUUGAAUGGCACAGUCUUCAGGGAACCAAUUCUUUGCAAAAAUGUUCCACGUCUCAUCCCAGGAUGGACAAAGCCAAUAUGCAUCGGAAGGCAUGCUUUUGGUGAUCAAUACCGAGCAACCGAUGCAGUUAUUAAAGGAGCUGGAAAACUAAAAUUGGUAUUCGUGCCAGAUGGAAAGGAUGAAAAGAUGGAGUUAGAGGUUUUCAACUUUACAGGUGCUGGAGGAGUAGCGUUAUCCAUGUACAACACUGAUGAGUCUAUUAAUGCUUUUGCUGAGGCUUCAAUGAACACUGCCUACCAGAAGAAGUGGCCGCUUUAUCUCAGCACGAAGAAUACUAUUCUUAAGAAAUAUGAUGGAAGAUUCAAGGACAUAUUUCAGGAGGUUUAUGAAACCAAGUGGAAAUCAAAAUUUGAGGCUGCUGGGAUAUGGUAUGAACACCGCCUUAUUGACGAUAUGGUUGCUUAUGCCCUUAAGAGUGAAGGCGGUUAUGUAUGGGCAUGCAAAAACUAUGAUGGGGAUGUGCAGAGUGAUUUCUUAGCUCAAGGCUUUGGAUCUCUUGGGUUGAUGACAUCAGUCUUGGUGUGCCCUGAUGGGAAGACCAUCGAAGCUGAAGCAGCCCAUGGCACUGUUACACGCCAUUAUCGGGUUCAUCAGAAAGGAGGUGAAACCAGCACAAACAGCAUAGCCUCAAUUUUUGCUUGGUCUCGAGGACUUGCACACAGAGCAAAGCUGGAUGACAACGCUAGACUAUUGGAUUUCACCAAGAAACUAGAAGCAGCUUGUAUUGGAGCCGUGGAAUCAGGGAAGAUGACUAAGGAUCUUGCACUUAUAAUCCAUGGACCUAAGGUUACCAGGGCCCACUAUCUUAAUACCGAGGAGUUCAUUGAUGCUGUGGCAGAUGAGCUGAGAGCAAGAUUUACUGGCAAAGCAUGUUUGUGAUUCCGGUCUGACAUUUACGUUUGAGAUUUAAUGAGAAAUAAGAGAUGGAGAUAAUCCAAUUUGAUUGUUUAUCAAUUUGGACUCGUGAUAGGAGGUUUCAUUUGAAAGUUUGAAGUGUCGCAGUUAUGGUAAUCAUUGAGAAACAAAAGAAAUGAUAGUGGCGUUUUAAAAUCCCAAUUUGGUGGUUUAAAACAACUUACCUAGCAGUUUAAUCGGUUGAAGUGGUUUUUACUUUAACCUCAUGCUUCUCGAGCUGGAGUUAAGUAUCCUACUUGUUAAA